AAAGGCAGUUUUCUUCGAGACGCUGAACGUACUGCAUCGUUACAAAAUUAGCAGAGACUACGGUUUAUCGUGAAAGUAUUUUUAACUUAGCGAAAAACGACUGGAAGCAGCCAUUGCCGUGCCCAUUGCGAUUGCUGAUUUCAUACGGAAAUCACGGAGUCUCGGGAGAUCAGUAGUGUGCCGGCUCUAGAAGAGAUUUCCUAAUCACUCUUCCAGCCUAAAUAGGAAAGGAAAAAUACAACCAAGUCCCAGUCGCAAGUAGCAGCGCCGCAAACUGUUAUCACUUCGGAGUGAUUAUUUAUAAAAGAACCGUUCCGACGGCGGGCCAGCCUCAUUCGUCUGCGGCAAUCGGUUAGCACUGGAAGUGUGUGAAUUGGAGAAGAGUUGUCCGGUCGACAUUAAAAGUUCAGUGCCGUCUUUCGUUUAGCCCGCGAAAAAGUGUUUAACAGAAAUAAUGGCAACCAUUCAUCAAAACGGUCACGAAAACUCGGCCCAAGAAAUCCGUGUAUGGUGCGAUGGGUGCUACGAUAUGGUCCACUUUGGACACGCGAACUCCCUGCGUCAGGCCAAGGCCCUCGGACACAAGCUGAUAGUUGGCAUCCACAACGAUGAGGACAUUACGAAAAACAAGGGUCCACCGGUGUUCACGCAAGAAGAACGAUACAAAAUGGUACGCGGUAUCAAAUGGGUGGACGAAGUGGUCGAAGAUGCGCCCUACGUUACCACGCUCGAGACGUUGGAUAAAAAUGGAUGCGACUUUUGCGUUCACGGCGAUGAUAUAACCCUUACUGCUGAUGGAGUCGAUACGUAUCACCUGGUCAAAAAGGCGCAGCGCUACAAGGAAGUGUCCCGCACGGCCGGCGUUUCAACGACUGAUUUGGUGGGGCGCAUGCUGCUCCUCACCAAGAAUCAUCUACAGCAAGGUGAUAAGGAGUAUGAGGUUGGGAAAGAUGCAGCCACGCUCGAAGAAUUAAUUAAAAAAUACAAAGAAAAAUUCGAAAUCUCAGGCUCGUCGCAGCUCGGCCAGGACCACACGGCCCGCAGCCCUUGGACCGGAUGCUCACAGUUCCUGCCGACUACGCAGAAGAUCAUCCAAUUCAGCGACGGCAAACCACCGAAGCCGACGGAUAAGAUUGUAUACGUAGCCGGCGCGUUCGAUCUGUUCCACGUGGGCCAUCUGGAUUUCCUGGAGAAGGCGAAGAGUCACGGCGACUAUCUGAUCGUGGGCCUGCACACCGAUCCGGUGGUGAACCAGUACAAGGGAGGCAAUUAUCCCAUUAUGAAUCUGCACGAGCGCGUAUUGAGUGUGCUGGCGUGCAAGUACGUGAACGAGGUGGUCAUCGGAGCGCCCUACUCAGUGACGGCCGACAUGAUGGAGCACUUCAACGUCGGCCUGGUGUGCCACGGCCAAACUCACAUAGCUUGUGACGUGGGAAAUAUAGACCCGUAUGCGAUACCGAAGCAGAUGGGCAAAUUCCAGUUGAUCGAUUCCGGCAACUCGAUAACGACGGAAGAUAUCGUCGAACGGAUCAUCCGCCAUAGACUGGAAUUUGAACAGCGGAACAAGAAGAAGGAGAAGAAGGAGAUUGAGGUGUAUGAGGCCAUGCAGAAGGUGAAGCUGGCACAAAAAUCCGGUUGACCCGGCGAUGACCAAUAAGAGAACCCAGAGAAGGAGAGGAGAUUCUCGAUAGUCACAGAAAAAUUUAUGCUACAAAUGACCGUCAACGUCUCGCCGUAGGCAAUGUUCUUUGAUCUUUUUCUCCUCCCUCGCGGACGUUUUCCGAUUUUAAUUUGUAUAUCGCCGGUAAGGCUGACCAUUCCUGUUUAUUUGUUUGUAUUUUUUGAUAGCCUCAUAACGUAAAGCGUCUUGCCGACGGGUAGCGCAAUAGUAGAAAAUGAGCAAAUUAAUAACGCAGAAAAAAGGAUUCAUAUUUGAAGACAAUUAUGUGCACCCCCGAUGGCGCUGCGCGUUUUCUGCGCGGUGUGUAUUUUAAGUGUUUUGAUUUCAAUUACGUGUCCGUGUAUUUUAGACCAAUUUAGUGUUGAUUUUAAAUACUUGUCGUUUAUACGUUUUAGUACCCGCCACAUGCAAACCCACACACAAACAGGUAGAUUAGUUAGCAGUGUUGUGUGUCGCGUUGGCGUGUUUUAAAUAUUUGUGGUUUCGUUUUGAGAAACUUCUUUAUAGAGCACUUUGUUCGGGAAUAUCUUUAGAUACACAAGCUAAGGCAAGAAAAAAAACACGAUCCAACGAUCCACGCGACUAAGGGUGUAAGAAUCUCCACGUCAGUAAUUGAUUUCAGCAACCAAACGGUAAUUGAUGUUCACAAUGUUUACAAAACCAGAAUAUGGUAUCGUUUGUGUCCCACAACACGGGUUGGUUUUAUGUUUGCGUUAAAUCACCGUUCAAAUGUUUAAAAUCGUAAAUGUUUGUUUUGUGUUUAGAAUACAUAAAGAAAAGCUGUAGCAGCUGCAAGCUGAAGCAAUUAGUAGGGACAUACGCAACAUUAUUAUUAGGGUAGGGGCGAGUAAAAUAAUCUAUAUUUCGAUGGCCGAUCGUGCGGUGCCGAAAAGAAAACAAAAUUUGAAAAAAACGCUGCUUUAUUACAGACGAGCAAUGGCGGGACGACUUGUCCUGCGGGUUGAUUUACAUUGUAACUACUAUUUAAAAAGAAAAAAUACUUAUCAAUGACCCUCUAAAGCCAAACUCUUGAGCCGCUGCAACAGCUUGCAUACAAAAAAACAAAACUGCAUGAAACGACGAGCAUCACGCAGAACAUAAAUAAAUCAAUAAUUUUAAUAUAGGAACAUGUGGAUGCCACUUAAAAAACGCGUAACGAAUAUUACUGUACAUACUAUAAAAACAAGGGUAAAUAAUUCGUUCCGAGAGGGAAACUGCUAGAGUACGGCCAUCAAUCGAAACAAACUGGUACGUACGGCUAUGUUGUAUAAUCUUAACGUUGACUUUGAUAAGCUUGCAGGAGGGAAGUUAAGGGAUUCGUUUCGUGUUUGUGUUUAUGCCCCUAUUUUCGUGUCGUGUAACAACAACGAUUUCAGCGGGAAAUAGGAAGCAAUGCGAAAUCUUAUACUAUCCAUACUUUUAAACACUCCAACAAAAAGAAAACCAAAUAUAUCUUCACACUCUUAUAUAGAAGCGAGCAACAG